CACAAUAAAAAUACAUGUUAAGUGUUUUGUAGUCUUCACCCAGUGGUAGAAGAUGUAUUCCAAUCAUUUAAGUAUAGGCUACCAAGCAAAAGAAACACUCAAUUAAAAAUAAAAGUAUUGCAUUCACUUAAAUAAAAGUACAGUUAUCAGCAACAUAUACAAAACAUAUCAAAAGUAAAAGUAUGUGUUUGUCAUCAUGGGUCCUGUCAGUACUUGAGUACAUGUACUCAGUUACAUUUAACCACUGCCUUUCCCUACCCAUAGUGUUGUAGUGGCUGAACAUUUGUUUAGAAAGGUUCUUGUGAGCCUAAUAAAGGCACAUAUAUAACCAACCAACAGCCCCACACAAACAAAGCUAUUUAGAGGACAUGGAUAAACUGUAAAGCCAAAUGGUAUGUGGGCAAUAUUUUACUGGUGAGCCCCUUUCCAGUUUAUCACAGCUGAUUCGUGCAGGCUCAAGUAACUUUGAAAGAAUGAGCAGCUGGCCAAUCAGGCGUCAUGGUUAUUUUAGUCUCUGCAUACACAUUUGGGAGAUAAAGCAGGCUGUGAUUGGCAGAGUUGUGAAUGUCUGCCACAGAGUCAGAGUGCUCGUCAGUCAACAACUGAACCAGCUGGAUUUAUAAAUUCACGUUGAAUUUCUCACAUAAAUAAGGACAAGUGAGAGAAACGAUGGAAGCCAGCAGCAACAAAGUGGGAAAACUAGCAGAAGAUAAAUCCCACACUCUAAAUGUGACACUGAAUACUGAUGCAGAUCUCGCAGCAGAAGAUUCCCAGUCACCCCUCACAGUCAUUGUCCAAGGUCAGCCUGCCAUUUCUGCAGAGAAUGGAGAUCCAAAUCGUGAGGUCCAACCUGGCCCGGUUACAGAUAAGGAAAAUGCUAUUAAGCCAAAACUUCAGAUAGCCUUUGCCACAUUUACUGUCAAGAAUGGUGAAGAUCUAAAGGUAGAGAUCCCAGUGGUUGGGCAACCAGCACCAACGAUUGAAUGGAAAAGAGAGGGUCAGGCAGUCAAAGAGACAUCAAGGCUAGAGGUUUCAAAUACAUCAUCGUUAACAGGUCUUCAUAUCAGACAUGCAGCCAGGGAGCACUGUGGUCAAUACUCUAUCACAGCAAGCAACAGUGCUGGAAAACAUACGGGAGACAUCACUGUGGUUGUUCUUGAAAAGCCAGACCAGCCCACAGGGCCCGUGAGGGUUAAUGAGAUCAGUUCGGACUACGUUGUCAUUUCCUGGGAGCCUCCAGAAUACACAGGAGGCUGUCAGCUGGACAACUACAUCGUGGAGAAACGGGAAACUCUAAGCACAGAAUGGCAGACUGUGUCAGCAACGACAGUAAGAACCACAAUCAAAGUCACCAGACUGAAGACAGGGAAUGAAUACCAAUUCAGAGUGUUUGCAGAAAAUCGGUUUGGAAAGAGUACUGCAAUCACUUCUCCUAUUGUAAUUGCACAAUAUCCUUUUAAUGUUCCCACUGCUGCUGGCCCCCCGUUUGUGUCCACAGUGGCAAAGUACAGCAUGGUGGUUGAAUGGGCGCCUCCAGAAAACGAUGGAGGCAGCCCCGUCAUCGGCUAUCACCUUGAACGGAAAGAGAAGAACAGCAUUUUAUGGACCAAGCUGAACAAACUUGUUAUACCUGAUGCUCGCUUAAAAACAAGUGGACUGGAGGAAGGGAUUGAGUAUGAAUUCAGAGUCUUUACUGAGAAUAUUGCUGGACUCAGCCCAUCAAGCAAGAUAUCUGAAUGCUAUGUGGCAAGAGACCCCUGUGAUCCACCUGGAAAACCUGAAGCUGUUGUAAUUACGAGAGAGAACAUCACACUUCAAUGGGCAAAACCCAGCUAUGAUGGUGGAAGCACCAUUACGGGCUACAUUGUUGAAAAGAGGGAGCUCCCAGAUGGAAGAUGGAUGAAGGCUAACUUCACCAAUGUUAUUGAGAAUCAAUUCACAGUCACCGGUCUGACAGGAGGACAAAGUUAUGAGUUGAGAGUAACUGCUAAGAAUGGUGCUGGAGUUUGGAGUUCACCUUCAGAAACUGUAACCAUCGUCGCACAGGAUGUUAUUGAAGGACCCACAGUGUUCAUUGAUCCUAAGUUCAAGACUACGACUGUUGUUCAAGCUGGUGAGACAUUCGUCGUUGAUGCCGAUUACUUGGGGAAGCCCCUCCCUGUAGUAACGUGGUUAAAGAAUGGAAAAGAAAUUGACAAAGCAACACAGAGAACAGAGGUUAAAAACACCCUCACUCAUACAACUCUGACGGUCAGGGACUGUACACGAGCAGAUGGGGGACACUUCGUCUUAAGCCUCAGUAAUAUGGGUGGAACUACAUCCAUCACUGUUAUUGUAAAGGUCCUGGAUAAACCUGGUCCUCCAGAUGGACCUCUAAAGGUGAAAGUUGCCAGUGCAGAGAAGUGUAGUCUUUACUGGAACCUCCCUUUAAAUGAUGGUGGUGCCAGUGUUUCCCACUACAUCAUUGAAAAAAGGGAGACCAGCCGUGUUACAUGGACAGGGGUUGAGUCUCACGUUGAAGCCGUCAGUUACAAAGUGACAAAACUAGUGCCUGGUAAAGAGUAUAUAUUCAGAAUUGCCGGUGUGAAUAAAUUUGGUGUUGGCGAGUUUGUGGAAUCCGACCCCUUCAUCGCACAAAACCCUUUUACAACACCUAGUGCACCUUCUACCCCUGCAGCCAGUGCUGUGACUGGUGACUCUAUGGUGCUAUCAUGGGAAAGGCCUGAGACGGACGGAGGCUCGGAGAUUGAUGGCUACAUCCUUGAGAAAUGUGACAAAGAGAGUGUCAGGUGGACGAAAUGCAACAAGAGAAGACUAAAUGACCUGCGCUUUCGAUGCACAGCACUUGCGGAGGGACAUUACUAUCAGUUUAGAGUAUUGGCAGAGAAUGCUGCUGGUGUUGGUCCACCCAGUGAGCCAAGUGAGUUUAUAAAAGUAUGUGAAGCUACUUACUGCCCUGGCCCCCCUACAAACCCCAAAGUGACUGACUAUACCAGCAGUACUGUGUCUCUGACCUGGUCAAAACCCAUCUAUGAUGGUGGAGCAGCCAUCCGUGGAUUUGUCGUUGAGAUGAAAGAAGCUGCAGAAGAUGAGUGGAUCGCCUGUACGCCAAGCACAGGUGUAGAGCACACAAACUACACCGUAAAAAGACUGAGAGAAAAUGCAAAGUACAAUUUCCGUAUACGUGCGAUGAAUGCCGCUGGAGUUGGGGAGUGCGUGGAUAUACCUGGCUGUGUGGUAGCUACUGAGAAAUUGGAGGCACCUGAGAUUGAGUUGGACACUACCUUGAGGAAAAUUGUCAGCGUUCGAGCCUGUUCCGCAUUACGUCUCCUUGUUACCAUCAGGGGAAGGCCAGAGCCUGAAGUUAGAUGGUCAAAGGAAGGCGGCACAGUCAGUGAGCGCGCUCAAAUUGAGAUCACAAGCUCCUCCACGGAGUUAUUGAUUGAGAAUGUCAACAGAAAUGACACAGGAAAAUAUGUGUUGACUGCCGAGAACUGCAGUGGCUCUAAAUCUGCAUUCAUCAAUGUCAGAGUGUUGGACUCUCCUAGCGCACCAACAAACCUGCAGGUCAAGGAUGCAAAGAGGGACUCUGUGUUAAUCUCCUGGGAGGCACCUCUCAUUGACGGAGGAGCAAAGAUUUCGCACUACAUCGUAGAAAAGCGAGAGGAGGCCAGGAAGGCAUUCACAAGCGUCUGCAGUAACUGUGCGAGAAACUCGUGCAAGAUUGACUACCUCCAGGAAGGGAGCUUCUAUUACUUCCGCGUUGUGGCUGUCAAUGAGUUUGGCACUGGACUGCCAGCAGAGACCACUGAGGCUGUUAAGUUGUCUGAGGCUCCUCUGCCUCCUGGAAAAAUCACACUCAGUGAUGUUGCAUGCAAUAGUGCAAGACUCUCUUGGGAGAAGCCUGAACAUGAUGGAGGAAGCAAAAUCACAUGUUAUAUUGUAGAGAUGCAGGCUAAGGGAGAUGACACAUGGACAACGUGUUCAGAGAGUAAAGCGCUGAAAGCUUCUAUUAAUGGGCUGGCAACAGGAAGAGAGUACUUCUUUAGAGUGAGUGCUGUGAAUGAAAAGGGCAAAAGUGAACCGAAGUCCCUUUUGCCACCUGUGACACUAAAGGAUACCAGCGCUGAGCCCAUCAUUCAUUUGUUGUCCAAUACAUUCAGUGUGAAGGCAGGUAACGAUUUAAAGAUUGAUGUUCCAUUCAAGGGUGUACCGACACCAAUAUUAGCCUGGAAGAAAGAUGGCAACCUGCUGAAAGAGACAAGCAGAGUGAAUGUGAACACAUCUGACACCUCAUCUCAGAUUGUUAUCAAAGAUGCCACCAGAAUAGACGCCGGAAUGUAUGAGGUGACCCUAACCAACUCGACCGGAACCACAUCUGCUGAAAUCUUUGUCACUGUUUUUGAAAAACCUGGACCACCCAGUGACCUCAGUGUGGAUGAAGUGAGUGCUGACUUUAUGUCUUUGUCGUGGCAGCCCUCACAUUACACCGGCGGAUGUCAAAUCAGUAAUUAUGUUGUUGAGAAGAAAGAUACAAGCAGCACAAUGUGGCAGACCGUGUCAGCGACAGUUGCCAGAACAUCAAUCAAGAUUUCUCGUUUGACACAGGGCACUGAAUAUCAGUUUCGUGUUGCUGCGGAGAAUCGCUAUGGCAAAAGCCACUUUGUUGAGUCUGACCCGGUUGUUGCCCAGUAUCCAUUCAAGCCCCCUGACUCACCAACAAAUAUUCGUAUUGUUAGUGCCUCAAAGUCCGUCAUGGUGGUUGCGUGGAGCAAGCCAGACAGUGACGGUGGUAGUCCUGUCAUUGGUUAUCAUAUUGAAUGCAAAGAUCAAAGCAGUAUUUUGUGGUCAAAGUUAAACAGAAACCCAGUGACUGAGAACCAGUUCAAGAUAACAACGGUUGAAGAAGGUCUGGUAUAUGAGUUCCGGGUCUGUGCUGAGAAUAUGGCUGGUGUUGGGCCAUGCAGUAAGGCAUCUGAGCCUGGAGCAGCAAGAGACCAGUGCGAUCCCCCACACAACCUCACAGUCACCAAUAUAACAAACAGCUCAGUUUCCCUCACUUGGGACAAACCAGAGUAUGAUGGUGGAGCUAAAAUUACUGGGUAUAUUGUUGAGCGUAAAGAGCUGCCAAAUAGUUGUUGGCUUAAGUGCAACUUUAUCAACUUACUGGACACCUUCUUGGAAGUGACUGGCCUCUUAGAAGAUGAACAGUAUGAUUUUCGAGUGAUCGCAAAGAAUGCCGCUGAGCUCUUCAGUGGGCCCUCUGAAACCACGGGGCCGGUUACAGUGCAGCAUGAUGUGAAGCCACCCAACAUUAUCUUGGAGGACAAAUUUAGACAGGUGGUGGUUGUCAAAGCAGGAGACAUCCUAAGAAUAGAUGCUGACAUCUCUGGCUGCCCCAACCCGACAGUGUUUUGGUUGAAAAAUGGCAGAAAUAUCGGCACCAAAGGUCGGGUUGAGAUAACCGCAACAAAGAUGCAUACCUCGCUACUCAUCAGAGAAAGUGUGAGGAAAGACUCCGGACAGUAUAUUCUGACCCUACAGAGUACAGGUGGCACCACAUCUAAGUCUAUCACCUGUAAGGUUCUGGACAGACCCGGCCCACCUGCUGGACCUCUCGGGGUGUCUGGACUUUCAGCAGAGAAAUGCACCCUUUCAUGGGACGUCCCGCACGAGACUGGCGGUGCUGAGAUCGUCCACUACAUUGUAGAGAAGUGUGAAACCAGCCGCGUAGCAUGGAGCCUUGUGUAUGGUGAAAUGGUGGCAACUACUUGCAAAAUAACUAAGCUCCUCAAAGGAAAUGAAUACAUGUUUAGGGUGAGAGCAGUGAACAAAUAUGGGGAAGGUGAGACUUUGGAAAGUGAGCCCAAUAAGGCCAUGGAUCCCUUCACCAUCCCAUCUUCUCCCACUGAUGUUGAGGUCACGAGUGCAACCGUCGAGGCUAUGACUAUCUGCUGGAAGAGACCUGCCUCUGAUGGCGAUAGCCGCAUCAGCGGUUACAUCAUCGAGAAGCGGGAGAAGCAGGGUGUCCGUUGGGUUCGCGUGAACAAGAAACCUGUCUAUGACUUACGAGUCAAAGCCUCCGGCCUGCACGAGGGAUGCGAGUAUGAAUUCAGGGUAUUUGCUGAGAAUGCUGCGGGGCUAAGUGAACCCAGUCUCCCAUGCCCACUCACUUUGGCAGACGAUCCAAAGUUUCUAGCCUCCGCCCCGGCAAAACCCACCGUCAUUGAUUCAUCGAAGUCUUCCAUCACUCUGUCAUGGAACAAGCCGCUGUUUGAUGGUGGAGCAGCAGUAACAGGUUACAGAGUUGAAUUCAGAAGAUCAGCAGAAGACAACUGGACUCAAGUUGGGGUUCCCAACACAGAUAAAACAGAGUUUACAGUAACGGGACUCACAUCAGGGACGGAAUAUGUUUUUAUUGUCAGAUCCAUAAACAAGAUGGGCAUCAGUGAGCCCAGUCCUGAAACAGAUCCUGAAGUGACCAUGGAGAGAGUGGAGGAGCCCAGGUUUGAUAUUAGCACAGAUAUUAGGAAGACCCUGCUCGUUAAAGAUGGCAGCUCCUUCACUUUGACUGUGCCUUUCACAGGCAAGCCUGUUCCUAGUGUGGCAUGGGACAAAGCAGAUGUAGAUCUGACAGUCAGAGGAAUGAUCAACACCAGCAGCUUCGUCAGCUCCAUCACACUAGAAGGAGCAACACGCGAUGACUCUGGCAAAUAUGUAGUCAAACUGAAAAAUGUUGCUGGAUCUUCCUCUUUGAUGCUGAAUGUGAGGGUUUUGGAUUCACCUGGUCCACCAAAUCAUGUAGCAGUUAAAGAUGUGACCAAGAACUCUGCCACUAUUACCUGGGAUAUCCCUGAGAAUGAGGGAGGAGCCUCAGUCCAGAACUACCUUGUAGAUAUACGGGACAUCAGCAGAAAGGGGUGGACAAGACUCACAGACAAAUGCCGCCGGCUGUCAUACAAGGUGUCGGACCUGGAGGAGGGAGGGGUCUACUUCUUCAGAGUCACCGGUGAAAACGAAUACGGGAUUGGUGUUUCAGCUGAGACCAAGGAGGGAACGAAAAUGACAGAUACAACAGAUUGGGAGACAAAUCCAGGAGCUUAGCACCUCUUCUUUCCAGGGUUUAAGUAACCAUCGUCUGACCUUCCUGUCAAGAUCCUCGUCUAUUUCUCAUCUUCACCCAGUAUUGUUCAGAAAAAAUAUGUAGCGAAUGCUCAGUGGAUUAAUGCAUUAGCAGAAUUUGCAGUUUUGUUUGUAAACUUAAAUCCAUUAUUAAUUAUGUUAUUUUUUUGAAGAAAAUGCAUAUGUUUGUUGGUUCAAACAAUAACAGCAAUAACUACUAAAUGUAUCCCGUUUGUCGCACAUUAUAUAUAAAAUGAAGAUGUUUCAAACAGGUA